CCUGCGGCGGAGAGAGGGGAGCGAGCGGGCCGGGACCCGGGGCUGGGCUGGGCACCGCUCUCCUCGGCAGGGCUACGGGGACCCCGGGGCUCUGCCGGGCGGCGGCGGAGGGUGCCUUGUGUGGGUCACGGCGGGUCCUCGUCGCGGACUCCGCUGCUCUCCAGGGCCGACUCUUUCCCUCUCGACGGCCCCUCUGCCCUCGGGCUUUGGCUGCUCUGGGAAAUUGCCUUUUAUUUUAUCGUCUUUCUUUUAUGCUUUUUUUCUUCCCAAUUGAAACUCGUGCUCUUGACCCGAAUCAGGACUUUGGUAAGGAGCCGGUGGAGCCUUCUCAAGGUUUAGCAAAAGCAGAGCACCUGGGAACAUGGCCCCACAAGAGAGAGGAACCAGCAACAGCUCCAUCAGUGACAAGCAAGAACGUAACUCUAGUCGUGUUAUUGCAAUUGUUUUCCUGGCACUCUUCAUUGACUUGUUGGGAUUUGCUCUCAUCUUGCCACUGUUUCCUUCCAUCCUUGAUUAUUACAGCCAGACUGAGGAUGGAUUCUACUUGUCAUUGCAACGUGGUGUGGACUGGUUUGCAGUGAUGGCUGGGAUACCUCCAGAGCGUAAAUACAACAGUGUCUUAUUUGGAGGUCUGAUCGGCUCAAUCUUUUCCAUCCUACAGUUUUUCUCCUCUCCCCUCACUGGUGCUAUGUCGGACUGCUUGGGGAGGAGACCUGUCAUCUUGAUGACAAUGAUAGGUUUGAUAACAUCAUACUCACUAUGGGCUGCCUCUAGGACUUUUGGCGUUUUUCUUCUCUCCAGGAUCAUAGGUGGAAUAAGCAAAGGGAAUGUAAGCCUCUCCACAGCUAUAGUUGCUGACUUGCACUCUCCAAAAGCACGGAGCAAGGGCAUGGCAAUGAUUGGUGUUGCUUUCUCCCUUGGUUUUACCCUGGGUCCCAUGAUCGGAGCUUACCUGGUGAUGGAGACAGAGAAAGGAGAAGUAUUCUAUCUCCGUUCAGCAUUGGUAGCACUCAUGUUUGCUGUGGCUGAUUUAAUUUUCAUCUUCUUCCUACUUCCGGAGACACUUCCCAAAGAAAACCGGGUCUCUUCUGUGACAUCUGGAUUUCAGGCAGCAGUUGACUUACUCAGUCCUUUGGCUUUAUUUCGGUUCUCUGCAGUCACCCGAGGAAAGGAAUCCCCUUCAGAGGAGAAUCUUCAGAAUCUCAAAAUCUUGGGCCUGGCGUAUUUCCUGUACCUUUUCCUGUUUUCCGGCUUGGAGUACACACUGAGUUUCCUCACUCACCAGAGAUUCCAGUUCAGCAGCAUGCAGCAGGGCAAGAUGUUUUUCUUUAUUGGAAUAACAAUGGCUGUGAUCCAGGGAGGCUAUGCUCGCCGAAUCAAGCCAGGAAAUGAAAUCAGAGCUGUAAAAAGGGCUAUUAUAUUGCUGAUUCCAGCUUUCCUGCUAAUUGGAUGGGCUGCAAAUGUGGCCAUGCUGGGUGCUGGACUGCUGCUGUACUCUUGUGCUGCGGCCAUUGUUAUCCCGUGUUUGUCAGCAGUGGUGUCGGGCUACGGCUCUGCCAGCCAGAAGGGGCGAGUGAUGGGGAUCCUGCGGAGCCUGGGCGCCCUGGCCAGAGCCCUGGGACCGAUCCUGUCAGCUACUGUUUACUGGCUGGCAGGGGCCGAGGUUUGCUUCAGCCUCUGUGGUGCUUUCUUCCUCGUGCCCUUUGCUUUACUUGGUUCUAUAAAAGAGCCGCUGAAGGAGGAGUAGGAAGGAACCACAGAACUAUCACUGGCUUCCCAGGACCGCUCCUCGACCUGACUCUCAGCACCCAACUCUGCUGUUCAAAGAGGAAGAGGAGGACUUUGAUCUUCUGAAAGGGGCUACUCCAUAACCACUCACAGCAACAACAGACUUCAGGUCUCCUACAGCCCCGCCAAGCUCCGUGUCUCGUGACUUCCCAGCCAGCUUGGCUGGUUUCACAAAUAGAAG